AGUCUAUCUACUACUAUGCUUGGACGAAACAGUCUCGAAGCUUUCAUUCAGUUUCUCCAAUGUCUCAAUGCGUGCGCUGUCAAUAGUGAUAUCUCCCUGAGCUUUCACUGUCUUUACCCAUGAGACAUACACGCCCACAAUAAUCUAAUCACUGAAUAUAGUCCAACCAAGUUAAGAACCCCUCUUCGCACAUAUGAUCCCAAAUCCCUCUCGUUGCCUUCUUUCUCCUGCUCCUACUCAACAUCACUAUGUCCAUCACGCACGAGCGCGAUAUCAACGGCCUAGCCACCCUCUCCGUCAUCGCCAAAGAAGAACAGUGUCAUAGCGAGCUCUCUUUCUGCAUCCCAACAUCACUCGCAUUCGCAAAGCGUUUGACAUGGGAGCAAACCCCUUGGAUUUCAAAUAACCUGAAUCGCAGGUCCGUGAACCCGAUAGGCGAGGCUGACGCGUAUCGCAUUGCUCAAUAUUUAAUUUCACAUGGUCACGAUGUGACGCAGAGAAAUGUCCAGCGUGCGCUGCUUUUUGGAAGCACAUACACACCCACCUCAGAAGGAGACAAUAUGUCAGAAGAUAUUGGCAUGAACCCCCAUCUCUUCCUCAUCUUUCCAAACGCUUCCAUGGUUCCUUACCUCGACAAGCAGUUCCUCAAGAUCUGGCACGACGAAAUCGUAAAACCGGCGUUCGACCGAGCGUGGAAAGACUCCGGGCUCACACUGGUUCAUGGCGUUUCUUUGGACACCCCCACCCGCAUCCUACCUCCAACUGGUGUGCGUACGGAGCGCGAUGCAUAUCCAGUGUCCGGUUUUCUUGAGCGUUUGCGCAAUGGGAAUCCAGGUGCAGUGCGAGACUACUGGCCCGCCUGGAGAGAUAGCGAGUGGCACCUCGGGCUUGAGGGAAAGUAUACGAAUACUCGGACUCGCAUCUAUCACGAAGCUUGGAGCGCUAUAAAAGGCAUGCUAAAGGAUCAUCCGCAGAUGUCUUCGUAUCAGAAUCCGAUCUUACUGGCCGUUUCGAGGAUGCAGAUACAUGUUAACACACGGUUGAGCACCAAUUAUAAGUUCAAGUGCGUAGCGCAGGAGUGGGAUCGGCUUGUAGACUCGCGUUUCGUCAAGCCGGCGUCUUUCCAGGUCGUCUUUGAGACGGUCAUUGGCACAACGCCAGGGAGUGUUGUGGAGGAUAAGCCCGUAGUGACGACUUUCAUCGCGGAUGAGAAGGGCAAGCAAAUCAAAAGACUGGCAGAUUGCGAGGAAGAUGAAGGCGAGGAUGCGCAUCGUAGCAAGCGUAUGAUGAUGUCGAUUGCCGGUGGCUAUAUUUCAGACGCAUAGGCUCGUUCCGGUGCGUGACCUUGGCCAGAUGAG